AUGGAGACUAGGUUCUGGUUGAAGAUGACAGCUAUUGUUUUCAAAGUGCUGAUGAUGAUGCUUUUCUGUGGGGGUACAGACUUCUCAUCAGUCCUGCUCUCUUCGGUCAGACUGGGUUUUGAAGAACUCCAGAACUUGUUUAACUGGAAAUUCAUCGAACAGAGGAAAGCUAGUGAAAAAGCCACAGCAGCUCAUCUAAAAAGCUGUAUCGGCAAUCUGAAGAGUGUAUUCUUUGCCUUGAGUCUGCUUGCAAGUGCAUUAAAAGGCAAAAUAAAUUUGCAGGACCCAAAAAGGAAGCUUCAGCUCAUUAGUUUUCCAGGGCCGUUGACAUGCUGCUUUUGCAUCAAGCCCAUGAACAGCUCAAAAGGGCGCCAGCAUCAAAUUGCCUUGGCGGUGCAAUGGAAGGAAAUGCCUUAA